AUGGGAAAGUGUCCGUCUCUCAAUGCUCUCGUGAUAGCGAUGGAUCGUGGCUCUAUCGAGUUCUCCAGACGCCUCAUCGAUAUGGGGUGUGAUGUCAAUGCAAAACUUGGCGAGGGAGUAUCGCCGCUUCUAUUUUCGACCUUUCAUCCCAACUCGGACCUUACAAAGCUCCUUUUACGGAGUGGUGCGGUCGAGGCACCAUCGGGGAAUGACUCUGCCCUAUUACGUGCGGUCAUCAAACAUGACAAGGAGCUCGUGAACCUCUUUUUGAAUCCUGAAAUUUUCAGCAAAAUGGCUCACUUCUACACUGGAAGACGUGGCGAACGAGUACUUCUUGGAGCAAUAAAAUCAAAUGACUUUGAGCUUGUGGAUCUGCUCCUCAAGGCAGAAAUCGGUCUCCGCCUUUGGCCAAAGCCAGCACUACCUUCUCUGCCCGACGACGCUCUUUCCAUUGCAACCAAUGGAGGUAACUAUCAAAUAAUCUCUGCUCUUCUUAGGAUAGCGGAUGCAGAUGUCAAAAGACGAUCAUAUCUGUAUGGAAGAGCCUUGCCCGUCGCCAUCCGAAAGAAGAACUGUUUCCUCACAGAAGCCCUCAUUGAGAAAGGUGCAGAUGUCAAUGUUGGAUCCGUAUUUCAUGAGAGGGCCUUGACUCUUGCCGUUUACCAAAAAGACUGUCCACUGGUAAAGAUAUUGGUUGAAAAGGGAGCGGAGGUCAAUCUGCAAUCAAACUUUCAUGAGACGGUCCUGCAUCGUGCUGUUCUUGAUGAAAACUCCCCCAUUGUAGAGUUGUUGAUCAAAAACGGCGCAGACGUCAACAUAAGAUCGGAUUUCUGUGAUACAGCCUUUCAUAUUGCUAUCAACAGACGAAAUUAUUCGGUUGCAAAGUUGUUAAUUGCAGGUGGGGCCAAUACCAACAUGCGAUCCGACUUUGGUGGGACGGUCUUGCAGAUGGCCGUGAAGGAGAAAGACCAUCGUCUCGUUAGGUUCUUGAUUGAAAAUGGAACAGAUGUCAAUUUACAAUCUGUCAACGGCAGGACGGCGCUGCAGGAAGCGGCCGCCCGGAAGGACUAUGUUCUCGUAGGACUCUUGAUUGAAAAUGGCGCGGAUGUUGAUCUUCAAUCGGAUCGUGAUGGAACACUCCUGCAGUUUGCCUUUAAGCAACAGGACUAUCGCCUUGCAAAUAUCCUGAUCAAAGACGGUGCGUAUCUUCAUGAUCCUCCGAGCCCAGUAUUUGGAAACUCGGCUUUACAAAUGGCUUCUGAACAAGGGCAAACUGACUUGGUGAGCCUCCUUCUUGAGAAAGGGGCUGAUCCCAACCAGAGCCCCUUAUAUGACUCAGGGGCAACAGCAUUGCAAUUUGCCGCAAUUAUGGGAGUUCCUGAAAUUGUGCGCAAGCUUAUUGAGGCUGGAGCCGCAGUUGAUGCGCCGGGCUCUAUUCUCUACGGAAGAACGGCAAUUGAAGGUGCAGCGGAGUGGGGUCAAAUCAACAUAUUAUAUUUUCUUGUCAAGAAGGGAUCAUCUCCUACUGGCUCAAACCGAAGGCAAUAUCUCAGAGCUGUGAAGCUGGCUGAGACCCAGGGACAUUAUCCCGUAGCGAGAUUCUUGAGAGACUGGAUCAGGUGGACGGACUUUGAUGAACUCAACUAUGCAAUGGAGGUUUUUGAUGACGAGGAAGCAAGUCUUAUCAAGUCUGAGGAGGAGCAAGACUUUGAAUACUAUGAGGACCUCAUGUGGAGCUAG